CAGAAUUAGCAGCUCUGAGCUCUCCAAACAAGACCAGAGGACAUGGACCCAGCGGUGCUGUAGUCUCCCUUGGAGGUGUUUUCCCUGGUUUCAUACUUAUGCAGCAUUUGAAAUGUUCGCAGCAGCCACUAAGAACUUUGUGAAGCAAGUCGGGGACACGGGGAGGUUGAUCCCCGUCCCGAGCCUGAGCGAGGCCGACCGCUACCAGCCCCUCAGCCUGGUGACCAGGAAGAGGAAGAGGCAUUUCUGGAAGAAGAACAAGUACGCCUCCACUCCUUUCUCCCUGAAAGACAUCCUGGUAGGAGAGAAAGAGAUCACAGCAGGAGUGUCUUCUUAUCAGCUCCUCAACUACGAGGACAAAUCGGACGUAGCUCUCAAUGGCCGAUUAGGAAACCACCUCAUCAACGAUGUGGGGUUCAACAUCAGCGGGUCGGACUCUGUGGCCGUCAAAGCCUCCUUCGGCAUUGUGACCAAACACGAGCUGGAGGUGCCCACCUUACUGCGAGAACUCAACUCCAGGAAAGUGGACCUGGAUCACUGCCUGGUCCGUCAGUCCAAGGAGAGCAGACGCAGCGCUCUUUGUGUCGUUGUGGAGAGCAUCCGCACCACACGUCAGUGCUCCCUGACCGUCCACGCCGGGAUGAGAGGGACCACCAUGAGGUUUCAGAUCGACGACGGCAGAAACCCCAAAGGUCGGGACAAGGCCAUCGUCAUCCCGGCUCACACCACCAUCGCCUUCAGCAUCUGCGAGCUGUUUGUUCGGCUGGACGGACGCCUUGAUAUUUGUGUCGCUCCAGAGUCUCAAGGUGGAUUUGAGCGGGAGCAGAUCAGGGAGCAGCUCGGGGGUUACAUCGGUCACUUCUCCAUGGGACGACUGCGGCGGUUCCUGUCUGGGAUCAUCUACGGGAACCCCUUCAGAGCAGAAAACCGAACAUUUGAGGAGCUCACCCACUCCGACACCUACAUGGACGACAUGGUCACCGACUACUACGAGAAAGCAGCCAGCAUGACGGACGUGUCCACCGCCUACCUGAGGGAAAGCUCCCACACGCGGGCCAACCUCCUCAAACACAACAUCCCCAAGGGGCCCUGCGCGCUCUGCGGCAUGGGCAGCCAGAGGCGGGAAACCGUUUACGGCUGUCUGGAGUGCUCGACCGGGGGCCAGAAAUACGUCCGGCUGCAUGUCGUGCCUUGUUUCGACCUCUGGCACAAAACGCUGAGGUGAAAAAGAGCUUGUGAUAUGAGACACUUUUCUUAUUGGUUGUUGUUUAGCCUGCUGAACACACGCUGUUUUUUUUUAGAUCUUUCUAAUAAAAGACGGGGGCCGGGUCUUUGCACUGAAACACCUCGAGAUGCAAAUAUAAACUAUUAUCGUCUCUCACUUUGCGGUGUAAUUGUACAGGAUCGUUUUCAGCUUUGGGCACCACCCCGCUUGUACACGUGCACUGCACCGUAGCUGCCAGAUGCUCAAUUAUUCAGCAGCAGGGCGGGCGGGGGUAUUGGGUGAAAAUGGGACCAGAGGGAUCGUGUGAAAGCCAGUGGCGGCCUGUGUUUGUUCUGUUCCAAGUGUGUCAUUUAUUUGGAGCAGGAUUUGUAUGUUUUCACUGUGUCUAAAUGUGUGUGUAUAUAUCAGAAG